CGGAUCUGGUCUUCGUUAUGUUUUUCAGUGUCGGGUGGAGUCUGCAUCCUGUCGCAUCUCUGCAGGGGGAAGGAGGAGUACUUUUUUUCCCUAUUACUUUCUCAUAGACUGUUUGUUCCUGCCGAAACAUCGAAACUACUCCAUAAAGAUGACGACGACAACCACCUAUAAAGGAAUGGAACCUGGUGCAAAGAGCAGUUCCAGGAUACUACGACCACCAGGUGGGGACUCCAGCUUCUCUCUCGGCUCAGAUGAAAACGCCACCCCGCGCAAGAACAAGAUGGCCUCCAACAUCUUUGCAGAACCCGAUGACCCUCAUGCUCAUCGGAGGAACAAUCCACCCACCGGGGCACCAACAGGAACCCUGUGCGGGGAACCCUCAGCCCCCCUCAGGCGGUGCCAGCAGCCUCUCCUCUUCCCCAAGAACCCUCAACCGGAACUGACCACCAUCCACAACUCUGGAGCAGCCAUGGUCUGGACCCAGAGACAAGAUGAUGAAAAUGGCCAAGAACCAGCAAAUGAUGAGUGUCCUGAGGAUGGGGAGCAAGACGAUCAGCAGAGGGAGACGCCACAGCCCUCUGCCCCGUCGGGAGGUCCCAACAACUCCGCCUCAGGCCGAAGAAACCCUCCUGGUGGAAAGUCCAGCCUCAUCCUGGGUUGAGACCACUUUUUUUGUUUGUUUUUCAUUGGAACGCUUUUUUAUUUUUUAAAGAUAAAUACCCCCACCACUCUCUUCCUCCUCAUCAACUUGUCACCUUCCUCCCUCCUUCACCUUCUUCACACGCUGUCACGUCCAUGGACCCUCUGAGUCCGGUCCCUCCACCCUCAAACCUUUUGUUUUGAUCCUAUUUUCUAUUAAAAGAAGAAAACUGUUGACAAAAGCACUUUAUGUAUCUCUCUGCCCUCCCCUCCAUUUCAGCCCAUCCUGUAGUGCAUCGCGCCUGCUGGGAAAGGCAUGACGUUUAGCUUGUCCCUCAUUCUUCCCUGUUGUAAAUGGUAAAGGAAAAAAAUACUAAAAAAGAUUUGAUGCGUGGAUUUCUAAAUACAAUAAAGAUUGAUAUGAAUUUGC